GAAGCUGCCUGGGUUUCUUUCCCUGUGAACCAUCUUCUUCCUUUCAGUGUGAGGACUGACUUCAGAUCAUUAUCAUGAACGUUCUACGGUGCAGUGGAAGCUUUUCCUGGGCUCUUCGCUCUGGUCAACGGUCGAAGGCCCUUCCGACCAAAACACUUACCAUUCCUCGCCGGCAAUUUCAAAGAGCUGCGCCCUUGUGGGGAGUGAAGUCCCAAGUAUUGAAGGACGUCGGCGAGGGGAUAACGGAGGUCCAGAUCAUCCAAUGGUACGUCGAGGAAGGGGCGCGUAUCGAGGAAUGGAAGCCACUCUGUCAAUACCAAUCUGAUAAGGCAGUUGACGAUAUCACGUCAAGAUACGAAGGCGUGGUCAAGAAGCUCCAUUUUCAGGCCGAUGACACCGUUCCCACAGGAAAGGCUCUCUGUGAUAUCGAGGUUGACGAUGGGAAAUACCCCGACGAGACUCCCCCGCCUAAACCCAUCUCCGAACCUAUCACAAUAGCUCCGGAGCCAAUAAUCUCACAACCCACGCAACCACAACUUAAGCAAGCUCCUCAGCCCACACAAUCACAAGUCGAUCUUGGCACAUCAAAAUCACCCUAUGCCACGCUCGCCACCCCCGCAGUCCGAGGGCUGCUGAAGACACUGAAUGUCAACAUCGAAGAUGUACAAGGUACUGGAAAGGAUGGCCGGGUAAUGAAGGAGGAUGUACAGCGGUUCGCUAUGAGGCGAGACUCCGGAGUCGCCACAAAGCCUGCAGCGGUUGAGGAGCCACAAGCCGAGACGGCAGUCAAGUUAACGCCCAUCCAGUCGCAGAUGUUCAAGACAAUGACCCGUUCUCUCACAAUCCCUCAUCUACUGUUCGCCGAUGAGCUCAACAUUAACGCUGUCAAUUCCAUGCGAAGGAAACUCGCCGCCGAUACAAAGGACCCACGGAAGGUCACCUUUCUGUCGUUUGUUGUGAAGGCUGUGUCUCUUGCUCUCAACGAGUAUCCCCUACUCAACGCAAGGGUUGACGCAACCAAUCCAGAUAAGCCACAGCUUAUCAUGCGCUCAAAGCAUAAUAUCGGCAUUGCAAUGGACACUCCUCAAGGGCUGAUUGUACCCAACAUCAAAGAUGUUGCCAAUCGCUCUAUCUUGGAUGUUGCAUCGGAGAUAACUCGACUCAGUGCCUUGGGCAGGGAGGGUAAGAUCACGCCGGCGGAUCUCAACGGCGGUACUAUCACCGUCUCUAACAUCGGGAAUAUCGGAGGCACUUAUGUUGCACCAGUGCUAGUCCCCACUGAAGUGGCGAUUAUGGGCAUUGGAAAAGUUAGGACUCUGCCUGUCUUUGACGACGCUGGCCAGGUCACGAAAGGCGAACUCGUUAAUUUCAGCUGGAGUGCCGAUCAUCGAGUGGUGGAUGGCGCGACUAUGGCGCGUAUGGCUAACAGAGUGCGGGAGCUGGUUGAAAAUCCGGAACAGAUGCUGCUGAGUUUGCGGUAGCCUUAUUCCGACACUUCGGACUGAGACGGAGGAAAUUUGUAUCUCUUCCAGACGACGGAAUAGUCUCCUCGUCGACGACGAAUUCCCUCUCAUGGAAAAUGCAGGGUCCAAGGAGCUCAUGAUACUGUG